AUGGCUGACGAUGGAAUGCUUUUGAAUUUUGACCUGGGCUCAGGUCCAAUUAAGCCCCAGGUCAAGUUUAAGGGUGGUCGAUGGCGUGACAGGAAGCAAGCAGAGAAGUCGGCAAGGAUAGCUUCCGGGAAAACACCACAAGCCAAACCUUCUGGAGACGGAUUCGAUGAGGGCAGGUCGUCAAAACGCCAAAGAACAGAUGAUGGAGGAGGGGAUCAAUCAUUCGACUACAAAGCAUCCAGCAGACAUGGUUCGCGACCGAAGAUCAGAGAUAACGAUGGCCACGGAGGCUCAGGCCAGCCUCGCAACCAACAGUCAGAUCGCAAAUCUAGACAAGUCAUCUCACGACUCUUCUCAUUCAAUCCCGCACAGACGACAGAGGAGGAGGAGAAGCAGGCAGAAUGGACGGCUCCCGAAGCAACCAAUGCGCCUUUAUCAGAUGUUGCGAACUUUGGCACACUGACGAUUUCUGCCCGACUUGUUGAUGAGCUUGGCAAGAUGAACCUGGAGCGACCCACGGCUAUUCAGAACAAGGUGAUUCCGCACAUGUUAACGAGCAGCUCUGAUGCCUUCGUGCAAGCCGAAACUGGUUCAGGAAAGACUCUGGCAUACCUCUUACCUAUCUUACAUCGUGUUCUACUUCUCAGCGAAAAGGGGAAGGCUCAGAUUCAUCGAGAUUCUGGCGCUUUUGCCAUCAUCGUUGCACCUACUCGCGAACUUGCAAAACAGGUUCACACAGUUCUAGAGAAGCUCAUCCGACCGUUCCCAUGGCUUGUAUCGACAGCAAUUACCGGAGGAGAAUCUAAGAAGGCGGAAAAGGCUCGCAUACGGAAGGGUGUCAAUUUUCUGGUUGCUACUCCUGGACGACUUGCUGAUCAUAUCGACAAUACAAAGGCGCUUAGCCUCAGCACAGUUCGAUGGUUGAUUCUCGAUGAAGGUGAUCGACUCAUGGAUCUGGGUUUCGAGGACGACUUGAAGAAGGUCAUCACGGCUAUCAAGGCAGUCGACGUAUCCAACAAACUAACCGAUGGAACACCACUCACGGCCCUUCCCGAACGAAGAGUCACGGUGCUGUGCUCAGCGACAAUGAAGAUGAACGUACAGAAGCUGGGAGAGAUGAGUUUGGCGGAUGCGACAUUCCUGGCAGCAAAGAAGGAGGAGAUGGAGCUUGAUGUGGAAAAGACGGAAAUGAAGGCGCCCGCACAGCUUCACCAGUACUACUCCGUUGUCCCGGCCAAGCUGCGACUCGUCACUCUCAUCUCGUAUCUCAAGGCGACAUUUUCUCGGCGUGGAAAGACCAUGAAGGCGAUUAUAUUCAUAUCAUGUGCCGACUCUGUCGACUUCCAUUACGAACUCUUGCGAGACCCCAACAAUAAUGAGGCACCUGUCGCAGGCUCUAAGGAUGCAGAGUCGGUUUCGAAGACAGUGGCAAAAGCAGCAUACAUCACUUCACCAGCAAGCCCCGAAGUUGUUCUACACAGGAUGCACGGAUCUUUGUCGCAGCCCAUUCGUACAGCUACAUUGCGAUCGUUCUCAGCUUGCAAGUCUCCCUCUCUUUUGAUCACCACCGAUGUUUCCUCGCGUGGUCUUGAUAUUCCGUCGGUCGAUCUGGUCAUCGAGUACGACCCUGCGUUCAGUUUCGCCGAUCAUAUCCAUCGUGUUGGUCGUACUGCUCGUGCUGGUCGACCCGGUGAUGCUUUAUUAUUCCUGCUACCCGGAACCGAAGAAGGAUAUAUCGAACUCCUAAAAGCGUCAACGCCACCAACACCGCAAUCCUACGACUCUAUUCUCCAGAAGGGAAUGAUGACGAAACUCGAAUUCCCGGUCGAGACGUCUGCGAAACCGGAGGAUGGACAGUCCUUCCACGACAAGGCGGAAGCCCUUCAGCUACAUAUCGAGCAACGUCUCCUAACGGACACCAAGCGACUAGAGCUUGCUCGAAACGGCUUCAAGUCCCACAUCAGGGCAUAUGCUACGCAUACCAAGGAGGAGAGAAAGCACUUUGACAUUUCAGAAUUACACUUGGGACACACGGCAAAGAGCUACGGUCUGAGAGAGGCACCUGGGGGCAUCGGCGCAGGUGUGGAGAGGAAGACUAAGAAGCGGACGAAUAAGGGUGUCGAGAAGAAUACAGAACAGGCAGCUGGAGAUGAGCGGCAAAACCAGAACAUUAUCAGGAAGAAGAGUAUGAUGCUGAUGAAUUCCGCGGCAGAUGAGUUCAACAUUGGUUAG